GCUGUCCACAAGUUGCAAUUGCACGCAAAUUAAUAACAAAGAGAAUAUUAGCAGUCCCGAAUCAAGACUCCACAUACAUAUAUAAUUUUAUAUAUACAUAUUUUUUUUUGUCGUCUAUGCAAUAAUUUGAUUCUCCCUGUUUGCGACCCAUAGAAAAAAGCGAUCUUAAAACAAAGUGCAAAAGAGAAAUAAAAACAGUUGACAAAUACAUCUAUAUAAAAUAUAUAGAACAUAAGCAUAAGUCGUGUGUGUGCGUGUGUGAGUGUGUCGGCGAGCCGGAAAAGUGUGCAACGCUUUUCCUUACAUUUGUUUUGUUUUUUAUUUUCGCGCGCUCUCGCCAAACGUUUACGAACAUGACGACCAAAAUGGCCAUAAAUGCAAAGGAUAUAUUCCGCAAUCAGCAUCGUUUGAUACGCUUCAUCGAGCAAUCGAUUCGCCUGUGCAGCAACCAAUCUCUGAAGGCGGCCCAGCAACAGCAGCAGCAGGAGAAGAGCACGACGGCUGACUUUGAGAUUAGUGCGUCGGUGAAUACACAAUAUACACAUGCACCGGAACCGAUCAAGCACAAUAAGGAUCUGGGUGAUCUGUUCAAGGCAUCACAGAUGUCGGUGCGUCUGGCGACGCCGCAACAAUUGCACACAAAACCGGAUAACGAUGAGGAACUGGGAUUUGGCAAACUCUUCACGGAUCACAUGCUCAAGAUCUACUAUCACAAGAGCUUGGGCGGCUGGCAAAAGCCAGAGAUAACGCCACUCGAGAAUCUAGUCAUGCAUCCGGCCGCCAAGGUGCUACACUAUGCCGUCGAGCUCUUUGAAGGCAUGAAAGCGUAUCGUGGAGUCGAUGGCAAAAUUCGCAUCUUCCGGCCCGACAUGAAUAUGGCCCGAAUGAAUUUGGCCGCCCAGCGUUCCGGCUUGCCCACCUUUGAGGGCAAAGAGUUUGUCAAGUGCCUGUCCCGUCUGCUCUCAAUUGACUCGGAGUGGGUGCCCCACACGGAGGCCGCCAGCUUAUACAUACGCCCCACACUGAUUGGCAUCGAUCCCACAUUAGGUGUUGCUUCCUCAGAUUCGGCGCUGCUUUAUUCCAUACUCAGUCCGGUGGGCAGCUACUUUAAGACGGGCUCGGGCGAUGGCGCCGUUUCCUUGCUGGCAGAUCCCAGCUACACACGUGCCUGGCCAGGCGGUGUUGGCAAUCGCAAAAUGGGCUCCAAUUACGCACCCACGAUCAAUGUACAAAAUGAGGCGGCCGCACGUGGUUUGCAGCAGGUGCUCUGGCUGUACGGUGAGGAUCAUCAGCUGACCGAAGUGGGCACCAUGAACAUAUUCAUGUUCUAUAUCAAUGACCAAGGAGAACAAGAACUGAUAACACCGCCCCUAAACGGUCUAAUCCUGCCCGGCAUCACACGUGACUCCAUUUUGGCGAUGGCCCGACAAUGGGGCAAGUUCAAGGUGCGCGAGAGCGUCUUCACCAUGCCCAUGGUCAGCGAACUUCUCAACCAGGGACGCCUGCUGGAACUGUUUGGCACGGGCACCGCCUGCGUGGUUAGUCCGAUCAAUAGGAUCAAUUACAUGGACCAGGACCUGUAUAUACCCACAAUGGAGCAGGAGAAACCGGUGCAUGAGCUGAUACGUGACACGCUCACGGAUAUACAAUACGGCAAGGUGGAUCAUCCCUGGUCGAUGGUGAUUGACUAAAUGCCACCAACAACAGCACGUGAUGAAACCACAAAACCACAACUCAACCCAACUAACCCAAGUUGUGUAUUAGUAGGUUAUAGUUCCAACAGUUUCUUCCUUGGGUUGCCGAUGUGCUCGAAUUUUCUGUUUGUUGCAUUUAAAUCUAUCUAUCUGCAUAUAUAUAUACAUUUUAUAUAUAAGUUAAAGGCUGGGCCUAUCAGCCAUGCUACAUUUAUAGCUACUAUAUAUAUAUAUAUAUAUAUAUAUAUAUAUAUUUAUAUAUAUACCACUCUGUACAAGUCGCACUUGAUUUUUAAUUUAUAAUUUAUUUAUGCCAGGUCUUUUUUUUUUGUCCAAUAUACUAAAUAUUUUUUGUAGUUUAGUUUGUUUUUGUAAUUGACUUAAUUCAGUUCAGAUCAGAACGGAGUCGAAUAACGAUUUCAUAAAAUUUAUGAAUGUUUUUUUUUUUGCAUGCUUUUACUUCCUUCUAAAGCAAAAGAAAAUCGAGUCAAAAAAAUAAAUAAAAAUACAAACAAUAGAAAAUAAUUUAAUUAAUAGCCAAAGUCUAAGGAACUGCCCCAUAUGCAAAAAAAAAAAGAAUAAACUAUGAAAAAAACACUUAUAUAUAAAAAAAGAAACACAACAAUCUAAAACCAAAUUCAUUUUGGAAACGUACCGGAGGCAAAUGCAUUUAUUAGUCAGUAAGUUGCCAGAGUCGAAUCCAAGUUAAGCAUUAAUCGCAUUUCUGGAAAAAUGUAUAAAUGUAUCUUUAAAUAUAUUGUUCGAGAUUGGAGGUAAAAGCGGCCUGGAGAGCUGCAGAGCAAGCUGUGACUAAACUAUUGUACCCUAGUUCUUAGACAAAAUUGUUGUAUGUUGCAUACAAUACCCUAUACGAUAAUAAAACAAAUACUAUAUGUA